AUGCCCAGGCCCCACAGCCCUCCCAGCAGCUCUGAGAAGAGGGACCCCCAUAAGCCCAAAGUGAGGACACUGGAAACAGGGAACUCCUGGGAGAGAGGAGCUGAGGAUGGAGACCAGGGAGGACAAAUCCUCACAGCAGAACCUGGUGGAAGAGGCCAUUUUGAGCGGCUCCAGGGCACAGGAAUCCAAUGGGGAGGAAAAGCCCCGGAGAUCCCUCAAGAGGAGGGGCUGCAAACCCAGCCCAGGGUGCUCCGAGGACUCAGCCUGUGCCUGGAAGGCAACCAGAGAUCUGGCCAGAGCGCUGAAGUGGUGGUCAAUGAGCAGCUUGAUGAUGGCAAGAAGCCCCACCAGUGCUUGGAAUGUGGGAAGAGUUUCGGCAGGAGCGACCACCUGCUCAUCCACCAGAGGACCCACACCGGGGAACGGCCCUAUGAGUGUGGGGAAUGUGGGAAGAGCUUCAGGAUCAGCUCCCACCUGAUUGUCCACCAGAGGAUCCACACCAAUGAACGGCCCCACAAGUGUGGGGAAUGUGGGAAGAGCUUCAGGAUCAACUCCAACCUGAUCGCCCACCAGAGGAUCCACACCAAUGAACGGCCCUAUAAAUGUGGAGAAUGUGGGAAGGGCUUCAGGAGGAGCUCCAGCUUGAAACUCCACCAGAUGAUCCACACUGGGAUACGACUCUUUGUAUGUGGGGAAUGUGGGAAGGGCUUCCAUGACAGCUCCCGCCUGAUCAUCCACCAGACAAUGCACACUGGGGAGUGCCCCUACAUGUGCUCGUGUGGGAAGAGCUUCAUUGAGAACUCCAGCCUGAUUCUGCACCAGAGGAUCCACACUGGGGAGAGGCCCUACAAGUGCAGGGAAUGUGGGAAAAGCUUUAGGCAGAGCUGCCAUCUGAAUGCCCACCAGAGGAUCCACACUGGGGAGAGGCCCUAUAAGUGCAGGGAAUGUGGGAAAAGCUUCAUCGACCCCUCUGGCCUGAGUGUCCACCAAGGGAUCCACACUGGGGAGAGGCCUUACAGGUGUGGGGAUUGUGGGAAAAGCUUCAGUCAGAGCACUAGGCUGAUUCUGCACCAGACGAUCCACACCAGGGAGAGGCCUUACAGGUGUGGGGAAUGUGGGAAAUGCUUCAGGCAGAACUCUAGGCUGAUUGCCCACCAGAGAAUCCACACUGGGGAGAGAUACUAUGAGUGUUCUGAGUGUGGGGAGAGGUUUCAGAGCCGAUACCGUCUCCUCAAGCAUCAGCAGAUUCACAGAGAAUAGAGGCUCUUCUGCUGCCCUGACUGCAGGAAGGGCUUUUAGAAAAACUCCACUCUCGUCACCCACCAGUGGAUCCACACUGGGGAGAGGCCCUGACAGUGUCCCAAGUGUGGGAAGAACUUCUCCCAGAACUCUGCCAUGACCCAACACCAAGGGAGGCAGCAGUAAGGGAUGCCCAACAAGUGCCCUGUGUGCAGGAAGAGUGUUGCCUUGAUUUUUAAAGAUUUUCUGAGCCUUCUAAUGUUUACAUUCUUGUAGCAAACUUUCUCAAACACUUUCUGUAAAUAACUUCUUGUUUGGCAUUCUUUUAUAGAAGAAGAAAAAUAUGAUGGACUGUUAGUUUGUCCAGUGUCAUUGGAGAGGUGGCACUUUCACCCUCCAAUCCACGGUCGCUUUUAGAAAACUAUAAAUGUUGGAGUCAGGAAAUAAACUUCCCUUUUCUUCCCCUUGAGAGCAGCAGUGUGUGCGCUCAUGUUGUUUUAUGUCCUACAGUGACAGGAAGAGCUUUGAGCGCUGCUUCAACUCCAUCCCCCAUUGGGGACCCCCACUGGAUGGUCCACAGUGACCCUCACUGGGCGGAGACUUGGUCAUCCAUGAUCCUGGUGAUCCAUGUUGGGAAGACACCUGGCUGGUGGUCCCCACAUCUUCCUGGCUCUCCUUGGGCACUUGGACACGGCCAGAGAAAAAUCCAUUGAGAUGCAAACAGACAUCAGAAUUCCAUAGUGGACAGCACAGUUUUUUACUUUUGACCCCAAAACAGUCUCACCUUUUGCAUCCAGUCAUUGCUUCGAGUGGCAUCCAGAAUUCCAAAUGGUGUUGGAGGUCUUUUCCAACCUGAAUCAUUCCAUGAUUCUAAUUCUCUCUGGCCCACCAGCAUCUUCCACAGCCAAAUGGUGAUUGACUGGGGCAAAACCCAGGAUUUUGGAGACAAUGGAGUGGAAAUCUUUCUAGAAAAGGUCCUUUCUACCUGCCCAGGCACAUGGAUACUCAGCCAGCAUGGACACAUAAAUGCUUUUAUUUUGGCCUUUAUUUUCGUUCAUUUUUCAUUAUCCUUCACCCAACAUUGGGGUAAAU